UGUGUGUGCGGGGCAGUGCGGUUGAUGGGGAGACAACAAGCAAGCAUCAUGAAGGCUUUGCUAAGCCUGGUUUGGGCAUCUUUUCUCAUAAAACAGGUUGUAGGGGAAUAUGGCAUGGCCCAUUUCAGUGACAAGGGCCAGGGCAAAGGAAAGGAUUACUGCAUCUUCUUCAACUCCCAGUGGGCUCGUCUACCUCGGGACCUCAACAAAGCAUCCCGUCUGGAGAUCUAUGACCUGACACCGUCGGUCCUGUGUUUCCCGUCAGACGUCCCCGAUGGUGGCUUCCCCAAUCGUAUCCCCAUGGUGAUGCGGGGGAACUGCACCUUCUACGAGAAGGUCCGCCUGGCCCAGCUCAACGGAGCUAAAGGCCUGCUCAUCGUCAGCAAAGACAGGCUGACCCCACCGGCAGGAAACAAGAGUCAGUAUGAGGAGAUUGACAUCCCUGUGGCACUGCUCAGCUACACUGACAUGCUGGACAUCAUUAAGACCUUUGGGCAGGGCAGAGAGGUGGCCAUGUAUGCGCCCAAGGAGCCCGUCCUGGACUACAACAUGGUCAUCAUCUUCCUCAUGGCUGUGGGGACAGUGGCCAUCGGAGGAUACUGGGCUGGCAGCAAGGACAUCAAGAAGCGCUACCUGAAGCACAAGCGUGACGACAGCGCGGAGAAGCAGGACGAGGAGACGGUGGAUGUGACGCCCAUCAUGAUCUCUGUGUUCGUGGUCAUGUGCUGCUCGAUGCUGGUACUGCUCUACUUCUUCUACGACCACCUAGUGUAUAUGAUCAUUGGGAUAUUCUGCCUGGCCUCGUCUGUUGGCCUGUACAGCUGUCUCUGGCCCUUCGUUAGGAGACUCCCCUUCGGGAAGUGCAGGAUCCCAGAGAACAACCUGCCUUACUGCCACAAGAGGCCUCAGGUCCGCAUGCUGCUGUUGUCAGCCUUCUGCAUCGGAGUCAGCGUUACCUGGGGCGUGUUCCGCAACCAAGAUCAGUGGGCGUGGGUGUUACAGGAUGCCCUGGGCAUAGCCUUCUGUCUCUACAUGCUCAAGACUAUCAGACUGCCCACGUUUAAGGCCUGCACCAUGCUGCUGGUGACCCUGUUUGUCUACGAUGUUUUCUUUGUAUUUAUUACUCCUCUCUUUACCAAGAGUGGUCAUAGUAUUAUGGUGGAGGUGGCGGCUGGGCCCUCUGACUCCUCCACACAUGAAAAGCUUCCUAUGGUGCUCAAAGUGCCCCGCCUCAACUCUUCCCCUCUGGCUCUGUGUGACAGGCCCUUUUCUCUGCUUGGAUUUGGCGACAUCUUAGUACCAGGUCUGCUGGUAGCAUACUGUCACAGGUUUGACAUCCUCAUGCAGUCCUCACGGUUCUAUUUCCUGGCCUGCACUAUCGGUUAUGGUAUCGGGCUGCUCAUCACCUUUGUAGCUCUGGCCCUGAUGCAGAUGGGUCAGCCAGCCCUGCUAUACCUGGUGCCUUGCACCCUCCUCUCCAGCCUGGCAGUGGCGCUGUGGCGCAAAGAGCUGCCAUUAUUCUGGACAGGAAGUGGAUUUGUGCCUCCCAUAGUUCUGCAACCAAUCAACUGUAUGCAAACCCCAGGACCACUCACAGAGGAGCCCCUCACCAAUCCUGAGCCACAAGGUCCUGAAGCAACCAAUCAGAGUGAGGACCCUCCUUCUCCGCCACGUCAGGUCUCUCCCCUUCCAGAAAAAGAGGCCAGCAAAUCAGAGUAAAGGACUUCUAUGAUGCCAAUUUCUUAUUUCAUGUUUUGUUAUUUUUUUACACAUUAGGAUCUCAAUGGAAAUCUAUACGUUCGUAACAGACAUCAAUUAUAAACAUUUCAGUGCACUUGGUGUGAAAAGGGUAAGAAAGGGGCUGGAGGGAGGGAGGGUACUCAACCUACAGUGGUAGUUGUGUGAAACACCUUGGGUCAGCAGGAUCAGCACUGGCUGGGUGUCCUGGAUGAUGAGCUAUAGACUAAGUCAAAGAGCACAACAUAUACAGCCUCGACUGCAACCUACGCUGACUUUAACACCCCCCCCCCCGGCCCCUCUCAUGAAGUUUUCUCAUCCCGUCACAUGAAAUAGAUGUUCUGCCUCAACUCUCCUGCCCUCCAUUCUUCAGUUCAGGGUUCAACCCACCAGUCCUACGCAGAAUAGCUUUCAAUAAUCUACACUACUAGGCCGAUGUGUCGCAGUCCUACCAAUCAGAAGCUCUGUCGGUCAGCUUGUUCCUUCUUUUUCUUCUUUAUUAAGUACCAUGAAGAAGAAGAACCACACUAGGGCCUGACCCUCUGUUUAUGAAAGAUGACUUGAGAGUGUCUACAGUGCAUACCCUUUAUCAUGUGGUGCUAUCAUGGAUUCUCAACUACCAAAAGGUAUAGGAUAAUUAAGGUUAUUGAUUUAGGGCAUCAAGGGGCGGUUUCCCAGUCGACUGAAAAGCAAGCUUAAUGGAGUAUCUCCAUGUAAAUUGUUAUAAAUCCUGGAUAAAUCUUAAUCUGUGUCUGGGAAACCGUCCCCAAUAGUUUGUUUUGAUUGGUUUAAAUUUGACCUUUAUUGUUUUUGCAUGCUGUGGGUGGGUUUGGUUUAGACCAGGCUGUCAACGAUAAGUGUGUGGUUUAUAUAGUAGCUUACACACUGUCUUUAUAUAAUACUAAUGUUGUCCCCAUCGUUUCUCUAGUAGAUUUUGUGGUCCCAUUUUCCAUUAGGUGUAAAACCCAUGUAUUUUAUGUGGCAGCUACAUACAGUAGUAGAUAGGUGUAAUUACAUUGUAGGCAGCUAGGUUAAAAAUGAAUUACACUAAUUACUUACUGGUAUGUAACUACCAUGUAAACAAAUGGGUUAUAAGGAGACCUAAUGCCGAGCGACCGAUCAGGUUAUACUAUUCAUAUUGUCUAAAAAAAAUGGGUUUUGGCCUUACUGGUAUCCAUGGUUACAAUUGGAAUGUCUCUGUCUCUGUGCAUAGUGCUUUAUGAAGACAGAGUACUGUAUUCAUGUUACAGUUUAUUAUGUUUCUUAAUUAAACUAUGAUAAGUGA